AUGGACAAUAACAACACCAUGGACAAUAACAACACCAUGGACAAUAACAACACCAUGGACAGUAACAACACCAUGGACAAUAACAACACCAUGGACAAUAACAACACCAUGGACAGUAACAACACCAUGGACAAUAACAACACCAUGGACAGUAACAACACUAUGGACAAUAACAACACCAUGGACAAUAACAACACCAUGGACAGUAACAACACCAUGGACAAUAACAACACUAUGGACAGUAACAACACCAUGGACAGUAACAACACCAUGGACAGUAAGGUGUUGGUCCACUGUGCGAUGGGCCUGAGCCGCUCCUGUGCUCUGGUUCUGGGGUUCCUGAUGAUCCAUGAGGGCCUGACGCUGGAGCAGGCGCUGAAGGCCGUGAGCGAACACAGAAACGUCUGCCCCAACAACGGCUUCCUGGAGCAGCUCAGGGCGCUGGACUCCAGACUGCACUGCGGGUCUUCAGUCCGACACAGACACAAGAGCUGCUGCUAG